UAAAGGGAACAAGUAGUCUGUCUGAAUUUUGUUAUUCUCAAUAUUUCCACAUUUUUCCUUUCCAAACCAAUUAGUCUUUCUUUCUACCAUCUUCAAUUUGUUCAGUCUUAAUUAAUUAUGUUGUUGAAUCAAUGAUUUACCACAAAGACAUCCCUAGCAAAAACCAGGCAUCAAUUUUCAUUUCCUAUCCCUUUCUUUCACACCCUACACCCAUAUGAUUCAGGACUAAUCCACUUCAAUCCCUUCAUGAAUUAUUCCUUAGUCUAUCUGGGCGAUGGAGCUUUCUGGAGAUGACUGAUUUCAAGAUAUGUUUGGAUAUGCAUCAUCUUCUUCUUAGACUUGGGAGAGAAAGACAUCGUCUUCUUAGAUGCUCUUCUUGUCCUCCACUCGCUGCAGGUUGUUGAAGAUUUCAUAAUCACUUGCCAACUUCUGCCCCAAAGAUAAUUUUUCGUUUUCUUUUCUUAUAGAGCUUUUUAUCUAAUCAUGCAACAUGCGUUUUGUGUAUGAUGAGUGCGACUGUACUUUGAAAAUCUCUGAUUUACUCAUCAUUUUGUGUGAUCAUAUAUCUUGCUGUUAUAUACAAGGGUUGUGUGUUAUGGACACCUUGUUCUUAUCCAGACUGUCCAUUUCACAAAAAGCACAUACAUAGUUGACAACUAAGAACUUGCUUUGGUUUAUGAACUUGCUAUUUUUCAAAUCAUCUGAACUUGGUGUUAUCAGUGGUUAAAUGAAAAUCAUUGAGUUUAUUGACUUAAAAAGUUAAAUGAUACGUAAACGAAUUCGUAUUCCCACACAAUUUUCAUCUGUCUUGUUGUUCGGAUUUCUUCUUCAAGCCUUAAAUUAAUUUCUAACCCCUUUCUACACGAGUCUUGAGUAUUCCAUAACUUGGUAAAUUUUUUAUUUUCAUAUAAAGGGCACUUACAAGAUAAAAUUCUUUAAAUAUGUUCAUCUAAACCUGGCAUUCAUUAGAUUUUCUUUCUCACCUAAGUUUGGUUGCAUUAUUUACUAGAGUCCUGAUUUUCGAACCACUUCGAUUUAAUCAACAGUACAUACACAUGCAUGUAAUAUUUGUCUGUAAUGGGGAUCCAUUCAGUAUAAUAAAUGUUUUUUGCCAUAAAUUUGUCACUUUAGUUACUUUACCAUCAAUUCAUAGCAUUUCCGUGCAGUUACUUGAACAGAUUUAAAGCAUAGUAAUUGUUGUUGAGAAAUUACAGCCUGUCCUCACAGGCUCACACAUUCUUGUUCACGUUACUUUAAUAUGCUGCACAUUAAAAUAUUUCCUGUUUGUUUCAGACCUGAAAUUCCAACUUUGUAAAGAACGAGAAAAGUCGAUUGGUUGGACGCAAAAACCCGUGCAACAACAAGUAAACAUGUCAGAAGGACAUGAGAUUCAUAACAAUGAGGAAAGUUCAUCUGGAUGUUCCCAGAAGUGCUCUUCAUUUGACUUGAAUGCAGAAGCUUGCAGUGACGAUAACACUAAUGGUAAUACAGAAGAUGGGUAUGAGCUCACAACAAACGAGAAUAAUGUUGAGAAAGUCAACGACGAGGGAACUUCAGGAAAUGGAAGUAGCAUUUCAAGAGAAGGAAAUGCCAGAAGAGGAACUGUGAGACAAUAUGUUAGAUCCAAGAUGCCUCGGCUUCGGUGGACUCCUGAACUUCAUCAUUCAUUUGUGCAUGUUGUUGAAAGACUUGGUGGUCAAGAGAGAGCAACACCCAAGUUGGUGCUUCAGCUAAUGAAUGUGCAAGGACUCAGCAUUGCUCACGUCAAGAGCCACUUGCAGAUGUAUCGAAGCAAGAAACUUGACGAGGCUGGGCAAGUACUAAGUCAAACGUAUAAGUGGAAUCAAAACCAAAAGUUACGUAGGUCUGUGAUACUGCAUGAGUCCAUGAAUCCUCAACAACAUCUUAAGAUGGGGAAUGGUGGAAUCAUUCUGGCAACUCAAUUCAACAAUUGUCAUUUUCCAAGUCUCGUGGACACACCCUUUCCCUUGUCACCAUCCCAUACAAACGACACUGAUUCAAGGCAGCAGCAAUGGUACAUCAAUCAUCAAACUUUUAGAAAAUCAAUAGCUUCUGGCCAUAUUCAGGCAAAGGAUACAACUACGAGACCAAGCAAAUUGCUUGAAGAGAAAAGCUGGCUUCCGUUAGAAAUUAUAAGCAAUCAUCAAUCCAAGUUCCAGAAGUUACCUGCCACUGUAGCUCCAAAAAAUUAUGGAUCACAAGCAGUUCAGCUAGCUGAAUGGAGCUUCGUGAACAAAACAAGCGUCACAGAAUAUUUAUCGAACAAAUCCAAUGAACCUCGCAACUAUUCCAACAGUUUAAAGCUACAAUUUGAUCCACCAUUUCGGAUUAAGAAAGACGAACAAGAAUUACCUAAUUUGCAACUGGGUUUGAGUUACACAAUUGCAAGCGAUGGUGACAAGAUGGAUCAUUAUAAAGAAACCCAAGAAAUCAGCACCAAGCUUUCACUUUCUUAAUGUUAAUAACCCAGAUAGCCUAGCUAGCUAAUUAUAUAAAUAGAGAGACCAUAUAUUAAAAAAAGAAUAGAUUCACAAGAUCGACCAAUGUCUGUACAAGACAUGGGCGACAUGUUAGUGCUUUUUAAUUUGAAUCUACAUAGCAUCUGCUUGUGAAAGGAAUUGUUUCAGGAUUGACCAUGAGUUAGAAUUA